AUGGUAAAAGAUACGAAAUAUUACGACAUUUUGGGGGUACCCCCCACGGCCACUGAGGCCCAACUGAAAACCGCAUACAAGAAGGGUGCUUUGAAGUAUCAUCCUGACAAGAACGCACACAACCCCGAUGCAGCUGAGAAGUUCAAGGAACUCUCCCACGCCUAUGAAAUCCUGUCCGAUCCUCAAAAGCGCCAAAUUUACGACCAAUAUGGUGAAGAGGGUCUGGAACAUGGUGGUGCCGCUGCUGGCGGCAUGAGCGCCGAGGACCUCUUCUCUCAAUUCUUCGGCGGCGGCGGUGCCUUCGGCGGCAUGUUUGGAGGCGGCAUGCGUGAUCAAGGUCCCAAGAAAGCGAGAACCAUUCACCACGUCCACAAAGUCAGCCUUGAGGAUAUCUAUCGUGGCAAGGUCUCGAAACUGGCUCUGCAGAAGUCGAUCAUUUGCCCGGCUUGUGAGGGACGAGGUGGAAAGGAAGGUGCUGUCCGCCAGUGCCCUGGCUGUAACGGUACGGGUAUGAAGACGAUGAUGCGCCAGAUGGGCCCCAUGAUCCAGCGCUUCCAGACCGUGUGUCCCGACUGCAAUGGUGAAGGAGAGAUGAUCCGCGACCGCGACCGUUGCAAGCGCUGUGGCGGUAAGAAGACGGUUGUUGAGCGGAAGGUCCUUCAUGUCCAUGUCGACAGAGGUGUGAAGAACGGUCACAAGAUCGAAUUCCGCGGCGAGGGUGAUCAGAUGCCCGGCGUUCUCCCCGGUGACGUGGUUUUCGAAAUCGAACAGAAGGAGCACCCGCGAUUCCAGCGUAAAGAUGACGACCUCUUCUACCGCGCCCAGAUUGAUCUCCUCACGGCCUUGGCUGGUGGUACUAUCAACAUCGAGCAUCUGGAUGAUCGGUGGUUGACCGUCAACAUCCAACCUGGCGAGCCUAUCACACCGGGUCAAAUCAAGGUGAUCAAGGGUCAAGGAAUGCCGUCUUACCGCCACCACGACUUCGGAAAUUUGUACAUUCAAUUCGAUGUCAAAUUCCCACAGGGCUCAGAACUGCAGAACAUCCACCUUCUGGAGCAGGUCCUGCCGCCCCGCAUGCCGCAACAGCAGCCGCCGCCUGACUGCAUGGUCGAGGACUUCGAUCUCCAGGACGUUGACCCAAGCCACAGCGCUCAGGCACGAGCACAGCAAGCCGCUGGCUACGAGGAGGAAGAAGAAGAUGGUGUGCCACACGGUGCUGAGCGGGUGCAAUGCGCAUCCCAGUAA